CGGAUUUAUAAAAAGAAAAAAAUAGAUAGUAAUGAACACAUUCCAAUCAUUAUAUGUGGUAAUAAAUGCGACUUGGAAUUAAAUAGAAUUGUCACAACAGAUAAAGGAGAGACAUUAGCAAACUCAAUGAAUAUCCAAUUUUUCGAAACUUCUGCUAAAAAUGAUAUAAAUGUUGAAAAUGUGUUUUGCGCACUUUUGAAAGCUGUUCUGAAGAAAAAACAAUCAUUUCAAAGAGCAAAAAACGAGUUGAAUAUACAGAAAAGUUCAGAGAAAAAUAGCUGUACUUUAAUAUAA